CGGUUUAAUCAUCUAUGAUCGCAUUCGUCAAAAGGGGGAUCAGUUUUCUCUUCUGUUCCCGGAAAUCGGAAUAAAUAAAAGAAGGAGCACCAGAAAAAUAAUAAGAGAAGAGAAGAGAAGAGAAGAGAAGAGGAAAAGAAAAGAAAAACGGAAGACAGAGAUGAGGAAAGAAGACACGGUCAAGCUUAUCAGCGCCGAGGGGUUCGAGUUCGUGAUCAGUAAGGAAGCCGCCAUGGUUUCGCAGACAAUUCGCAACAUGCUCACCUCUCCAGGGAGUUUUGCGGAGGCUCAACAUGGGGAGGUGACUUUCCCUGAGAUAAGCACCACAAUUCUGGAGAAAAUCUGCCAGUAUUUCCACUGGUCUCUUCAGUAUGCUAGUGGUAAGGAAACCGAGUUCCCAAUUGAACCUGAACUGACUCUGGAGCUUAUGAUGGCUGCUAAUUACCUGCACACUUAAACUAGAUUGGUUAUUUUACUUCUUGGUGGCCAGUCUUCUAUAAUGGAUCAUCGAUAGACGAUGCUUGCCAAGAUGAUUUAGGACUGCGCUUGGUGUUUGGAAUUGCCAGUUAGGUGUGCUGUGUUUUACUAAGCAAACUUGUAAAAAGUAAAAACCUCGAUUUAACGAAAGAAGAAGUCGGGACAGAAGCUAGCAAAAUGAAUGUGGCCAUUAAAAUAUGUACAUUUGCUGUUGUAAACUAAUCAGCUGCCGUGGAAUGGUCUCCUCCAACUUCCAAGCAUUGCUUUCUUCUGUGCAUUUUUUUGUUGUUGGUAUUGUUGAUGUAAACUUUGCCUAUUAUAUUGGAGAUAUAAUAUUGCCUCCGAAUUGAGACCCGAUUCGUCGACUCUGGCCUCUACUACGACCGCCAGCUUCGCCGAAUGGGACGAAGACGAGUUUGAAGGCCUUCCGACUGCUGCGGAUACUCCGAUGAACCCAAAAUUCUGGUGGUGCUAGUAGAGACGAGAAGGAUACCCCAGAACCGAAUUCGAAGCAGCAGGGGGAAAGUGUGCCCAAGAAGAAGCAGUCGUUUACCGUGGAGAUAGUGUGCUUCUCGUUCUUGAUUAUGUUUGUAAUUAACUACUUCGCUAGAAAGCAGUUCGCUACCAAGGAUUCCAUUUUCGAGAACAAUUUCAGCCUAUUGGGUGUUGGGGAUGGGUAUUCGCCGUUAUUGUUCAAAGUAG